UGCUUUUUUCCGAUUAGAAGCACUUGUACUAAAAGCGCUCCUACUCUUACCGGGCACAGGGCACUUAUAUCUGGCCGAUGUUAAAAAUAUCCCGACAGACCUAACUUAAAACUAGCUAAGUACUCUUAACGAGACUACCUUCGUCCCAAAUAGAUCGACUGAUCGACGCUAACCUCUGGCCGCUCGCUUCUCCUCCCAUGUUCGAGUCGAUGCAACGCCGCCGGCUCACUGCCCGCCGUUGCUCCGUGCCUCUGUCGCGGAUUCAUAGCAAUGCAGUUCCCAGGAUUUCCAUCGGCACCGGCACAGCGCCUCCAACCCUUCACGACUUGAUGGGAUCUAUCAAGAACAAAUCGAUCAUCUUAUUAUCAAAGGUUAUGCCAAUCUCGUUGACCUCAUCCAACCCAUGAAGUCUUUCAACUGAGAAGAUGGAAGACCCUACUGAGUGUUACAAGUUAUAUCUAUUAGAGCUGCGUUAGAGGCUUAGAGCUUUGGAGUCUCGUAUCUGUUAGUUUCCAUUGUUAUUGGUACAAAUGAUUCUUCUUUUAAGACUUAAGUUCUUCUAUUCUGCUCAUUCUAUAAUAAUCUCUUAUCAGGUGCUCUUAUCUUUAAGGUGCCUGUAAGCCAAAUAUGUAAAAGUUUACCUCUCAGAUCUGGUGGUGAUUAUGGCGGUGGUUGUGGUGGUGGUUAUGGUGGUGGUUAUGGUGGUGGUGGAGCCUAUGGAAAUGGAUCUGAAAACACUACUUCUUACUAUGAUGACUAAGGUGGAUGAGAAAGAGUCACUAUACUCCACACCAAGUUGGAGAUGUUAUAAAUAUCAUAAACAGAACUACUCGUCAUCUCUUAUGGUUAUUGAUCCUGUCAACAAAAACAGGAGACAUAACACAAGCAUUCUCAUUCGACACCUUGGAUCAUCUGGAACUUCAAAGAUUCUUAUAGAUGCUGGAAUGUUCUACCAUAGCUGCUUGAGAUGGUUUCGUCUUUAUGGAUUUUUCUAUACAAGCAUUGAAGAUCAAAUGAUGAGGAUUGGUUUUGGAUCAAUGUAAUAAAUAAUGGAUAUCUUGAAUCCUUGAUACUUUUUGCUUAGUUUAACUUUAUGGAUUAAAAGUAGUAUGAUUCCACCAGUGUUUGGUCAUUGUGAUGUCAGAGUACCUUUAAUGUUCUUGAAUAAUUUAAUUAUACAUUUUAAUAAAAAACCGUUUGUUCUUUCC